UACUAUAUCGAUCAGAAGGGUGAAAUACUUGGGCGGUACCGGAAAAGGAAUCUAUGCUCACUCAACGAUUUUUUCUGUCAGGAAUACCUCACGCCUAGUAAAGAUGCUCAUCAAGUCUUCGACACCAAACAUUUUCGCGCAGGAAUGCUGUUGUGUUGGGAUCUAGCAUGGCCUGAAGCCUUUCGGGAUUUGAUGAAGCAAGGUGCGGAGGUAAUCGUUGUACCCGCAUUCUGGAAGUUGGAAGAUUUGGGUGACAUUGGAAAAAAACACGACCCCCACGGGCUCACAGAGCGCAGGAUGAUCGAGUCUAUGGUCAUGAGCCGUGCUCUAGAAAAUGAAUGCUGCGUGGUGUUUGUCAACUGCGGCGGGAAGAAGAGCGAUGGUUAUCUCGGAGGAUCUUCAGUCGCCAUGCCUUUAAAGGGUUCGGUGAUCAGAUUCGAUGAUCCCACAGAAAGACUAGAAGUCGUAGAGAUUGACCUCGAUGUCCUGGAGGAUGCACGCUCUCUCUAUAAGAUACGAGAAGACUACAACUCAAGAUUCAAGGAGUGA